UUGUCCUUGUCGAAAAAUUCAAAAACAAUCAAUAGACGCCGCAAGAAUAGGUUAAUUUUAAAGAUUUUUAGUAAUAAAGAUAUAAUUUUUAAACAUAAUCGUGAAUUAAUAAAAGGAUUUAAGUGCAAUAAUGUCGGACAUCGAGGAACCAGCAGCAAAGAUGUCGAAACUAGACGGUUCAGAGCCAGGUAUUGAAGAAGAGUUAGAUGAGGGCCAGGAAGAAUGGUUAAGUGAAGGCUUGCUUACUGACGAUGAUGGUAAUAUGCAAGAAGAACGUCUAGACAACACGGCGAGCCACGACAGUACAUUGUCCAGUUUGGACGCAGACCAUGUGGCUGAUGAGGAGCAGCAUCAGACGGAGGAUAUUGAACAGGCUCUAGGGGAUAUGGAGAAUAGUAUGACAGAACAACAAGAUGGCGCGGAUACAUUUUUCGCGGGAAAGACGAACAAUGAAGACGCGAAAGGGGAGAGUGAAUUGGACGAGUCCACGAAACAGUCGGACGAUGAUGGACAUGAUACUGAUGAAUUAUUGAGAAUGCUCGGCGAAGACGAUCACAGCGGUAAAGUGAAAGCGGUGAAGAAGAAAAUGGAGGUUCUAAAGAAGGAAGAAUCGACUGAUGAUGAUGAAGAACAAAUGUUCCGUGGAGCAAACAUAAGAAAAUUAAAAGUUGCCAAGAAUGUACUAAUGAAAAAGCCGCCAACGAAAGCGGAGCCCGAAGACAUGAGUGACGUGGAUAGCUUUAUGUCUUCAGACGAAGCGGCGACCGUUAAAAGAAUGUUCGGUGUGAAGAGGCUUAACAAUGUCGCGUCUAAAAGUACGACCAAAUCUGGAGUUAUCAGACCAACUAUAACCGUCACUAAGAAAGUUGUCACCGUUGAUAGAUCGGGAGACAAACCCGAAUUGAAGAGCAUAAAGCAAGAGGAACCAGAGACGCACGUGAAAACGGAAGACGUUGAACAGUUUUAUGAAGAAUUCCUGGACGAAGAUUUUGAUGAGGAAUCAGUUAUGGAAGCAAUGAAAGAAAAUAAACAAGACAUUAUGAAGCCAGAGGAAAUGGACGAAGAAGUGCCGUCCGAUUGUGAUUCUAAUUCAGACGACGAUUCUUUGUAUGAUGACUUUCCAUCAUCAGACUCUGAUGAUAUGGAGGAGUGGUUCACUUUGGAUAUCAGAGACGAAAGGGCUGGUGAUUAUAUACCUUUAUUAGGUUCAAAAGCUCACAAAUUACUGACAGAGGAAAAGGAAAAAGUCGCAGCGCGGAUAGCGUACCUCCGAGAGAGUUUAUCAGCGCUGACUAACAGCGGGAAGCAGCAAGCUGAGCAGCUGAGAAAGGCGACUGCGACACUCGCUGAACUAGAUGCCACUUUGAAGGCUUCGUGAUUAAAUAUAUAUGAAUACAACUGUU